GAAGAAGCAGGCUCAUAGCGGAGGAGCCUGAUGUGGCUUGAUCCCAUAACGCCGGGAUCACGCCCUGAGCCGAAGGCAGACGCUUAACCGCUGUGCCACCCAGGCGCCCCGAUUCCUGAGUUUCUUACCUGAGUGCCUGGAAAAAAUAAAAAAGUGUUGGAAAAAGAGGCCAGUUGAGAAAAGUGUGAUUACUUUUGGACAUGCCGUGGCUGAAGUCUACAGGACAUCCAGGUGGAAGAUGUAUAGGCUUGCAGGCAAAUUGUAAAUGGGAAAGAAUGCUCAGGAGUGAAGACAGGGCUGGAGACAUAGGCAGAGAAAUUAUUAGUGUAGAGGGAGUAAUUGAUGCCAUGUUAUCAUUUGUUCUUUCUAGGUACUUUUACUGCCUUACAUAUGUAUAGCUCAAUGUAUUUGAGGAAUGUGUGACAGCAAAGUAUCCAAAUAACUGUUGUGUGCCUCGGAACUGGGCAGUCACAAUGAGAGGCACUUUAGGAAUCAGAUGACCCCAGCCUCAAGCGGUGCAGCAUGGUUGGCAGAAAAACACAGACGACCUAGGAAGGGUAUUUUAGUUCUAGGAGAAGAAAGGAAAUAAGUAAUAUACCCACUAUGUGCUAAGUAUUGGUAAGCCUUUUGUAUGUAUACACUGUCUGCUUUAUUUUGCAAUAACUCUGAAAUAGGGAGUAUGAUCCUCAUUUUACAGAUGAUGAAACUGAGCGUAAGAGAGGCUUAAUAAUAUAAGAGCAAGGAUUUGAACCAGAUGGGUGGUCAGUGCCAUGGGUUUUUUAUAUGCCACACUUGGCCAUGUUUUCCAGUAAGAUCUGGCAAAUACAGCUAUCAAGCUUACGCUCAAUAGGUUUUUUAGUGCUGCCUUCCUAUAAUAAGCACAGUGCUUUAGCUCUUAAAAUAUAAGUAAUCGAAUUCUGAUUAUGGAGGGCCAUUUGCCGGCAGUGAGGAAGCAUGUAUGUGAAACAAAUAAAAAAUCCUGCCCAGGUGUGCCAUCUUUCUAGAAUGCUUAGAAAUGCCAACCUUUGCUUAUUUUCUUUUACCCUACUGGGUAUGUGGAACUUUACUUAAAAGAAUGAAUUGAGAGUCCAAAGACACCUGGAGGAAAAAGUACAAGCAAUACACAUUUCCAGUUAGCUGAAAAUUGUCAUCAUUUAUGACAUUACCAGAAUAUAACCCCAACACAGUAUAAUAUAUAAUAUAUCUCACAGUAUAAUCCCAACUUGCGUUGUUUUAAGUAGGCACAAACAAGAUUAUGUAUUCUAAGGUACAUAAGCUAAUUUGUGCUAUGAAACUUCUUGCAGUUUUAAAGCCUAAGUGGAAAUGGGUAUAUUUACUUGUCCACCUUUUGUGUGUAUUUUUGUGUACUGCUUCUCAGUAAACUAGGAGCAAGCAAUGGCAUCUCAGAACUAUAGGGUAGCGCUGAAUACAGGAACAGCGGGCUUGUGUACUGUUUCCUCAGUGUUCAGAAUGGGUGAACAUAUUUUCUCUUGAAAAACUGAUUUUUAAAUUUGCUUGUUAUCUUUGUCAUCUUUCUUAAAAUUAGCCAAUGUCCAAGUGAAUCAUGAGAGAAAAUUAAUGCUGAGCAUUUAGCCUUCUAGCUAGAACUUCUUGUGCCCCUGAAUUAGGAUUCCUCAGUUGCCACGCACCGUUCGCACACUUUCAUUCUUUAGCAUUGCUCUUUGUUCCUGAGGAAAAUGCUAUAAGAAAAUAGGAAUUUCCUCUCACCAUUACCCCUUUGGCAGUGUGUUUCAAUCUAAUUCCUGGCUGGCAUUCUGUCCCGGUUACAACCCCUUCUCCUUACUAGCAGUCUAAAUUUUGCUCAUCUACUAAAGGGGGAUUCCAGACAGACGAGGAAACAGCUUUCAAACACUGCACUGCAGGCAUAUUAAGUCAUUACCUCACCGUGCAGUUGGGAAAUCAGGGACCACUUCUCUGGCUAUGAAUUCUAAUGAGCUGCUAAAGAUGCCGAAGGGUGUGCGCGCACAGGCGUUUUUCUUUCCCCUCCCCCGCUCCUUCCUUUUCCCAAGCCCCCUCUUCUCCCUCUUUCCCCUCCUCCUCCUUUAUCCCCUCCCUCUCUGUCUCAGUUCUGCAGUAAGCGGGGCUGAGGCACAUUCCUGCACUGCAAGGCUUUCUGUUAAGGAUGUGUUGUGGCUUUUGUUUGGAUUGCAGCAUGCAGAAUUACAGCUGUUCAGAGGAGACUCAUUACAACUCCUGCUGAAGCUCCUAAUCUUCCUCCCUUCUCUUCUGCCCCUACCCCCUACCCUCAUUGGCCUGAAGACACUGUACCCAGAGUUUGCCUUUCUCCCCUGGUGCUAUGUGUUUGGUAAACCUGGUACUAUGGCCACAUCUGGGACUGGCCAGACAACUGCUGCUGGUUCUCCCUAUUCCAAGGAUUUAAAGGGGAAUUGUACUGCAGGCAAUGCACCAGAGCAGCAUCAGGAGCUUGGGGACUGAGGCUCCUCUGGCAUUAUUACAGACACACAGAGCUGACCGCAAUGACAGCAGCUGCUCCUUUGAACUGUUGGCAGCAGCCAAGCGGCAGCAUGAAGUGAGAGAUCACUCCUGAGCUCAAGAUGAACUCUACCUUGGAUGGUAAUCAGAGCAGCCACCCUUUUUGCCUCUUGACAUUUGGCUAUUUGGAAACUGUCGAUUUUUGCCUUUUGGAAGUAUUGAUUAUUGUCUUUCUCACUGUAUUGAUUAUUUCUGGCAACAUCAUUGUGAUUUUUGUAUUUCACUGUGCACCUUUGUUGAACCAUCAUACUACAAGUUAUUUUAUUCAGACUAUGGCAUAUGCUGACCUCUUGGUCGGGGUCAGCUGCCUGGUCCCUUCUUUAUCACUCCUCCACUACCCCCUUCCAGUCGAGGAGUCUUUAACUUGCCAGGUAUUCGGUUUUGUAGUAUCCGUUCUGAAGAGUGUCUCCAUGGCCUCUCUGGCCUGUAUCAGCAUCGAUAGAUAUAUUGCCAUCACUAAACCUUUAACAUAUAAUACCCUGGUUACGCCCUGGAGACUGCGCCUGUGUAUUUUCCUGAUUUGGCUAUAUUCCACCCUGGUCUUCCUGCCUUCCUUUUUCCACUGGGGCAAACCUGGAUAUCAUGGAGAUGUGUUUCAGUGGUGUGCAGAGUCCUGGCACACCGACCCCUACUUCACCCUCUUCAUCGUGGUGAUGUUGUAUGCCCCGGCAGCCCUCAUUGUGUGCUUCACCUAUUUCAACAUCUUCCGCAUCUGCCAACAGCACACAAAGGAGAUCAGCGAAAGGCAAGCCCGCUUCAGCAGCCAGAGUGGGGAGACUGGGGAGGUGCAGACCUGUCCCGAUAGGCGCUAUGCCAUGGUCCUGUUCCGAAUUACUAGUGUAUUUUACAUCCUCUGGUUGCCAUACAUCAUCUACUUCUUGUUGGAGAGCUCCACUGGCCACAGCAACCGCUUCGCCUCCUUCUUGACCACCUGGCUUGCUAUUAGUAACAGUUUCUGCAACUGUGUCAUUUAUAGUCUCUCCAACAGUGUCUUCCAAAGGGGACUAAAGCGCCUCUCAGGGGCCAUGUGUACUUCUUGUGCAAGUCAGACCAUAGCUAAGGACCCUUACACAGUUAGGAGCAAAGACCCCCUUAAUGGAUGCCAUAUCUGAAGUGGUUCAGACACUGGGUCACUGUGGUGUGUGUGUGUGUUUCCUUUUUAUCUCUGUGUUCCUAGUUCACUAGGAAAACUGGGACAAAAUUAUUAGACUCUAAGCAAUAGCAAACAAACGAUCCAUCGAAAAUAACCUUCUAAGUUUGCAGAAAUUAUUUUCUAAAAAGUGUUUUUGCAUCAGGAGAAUCAGGACCCUGAGGAUAAAUUGCUCUUGGUUCCAGUUUUUGUAAUGUCAUGGAAAUGACCACAUUUUUAAGAUUUAAAAUAAAUAAAGCCAUAUCUAACACCUCUCUUUAGCUGGCACGACUGAACCUGGGUGUGAAAAGUGUUAGCAUUUUUAAAAAGUCAUUUUCUUGUCGCUUUUCUGGGUUCUUUCCAGCUGUUUGGGCUGCAUAUGCAAUUGAAUUCUUUUAACGGGGAAUAUUAAAAACCGGUGAUGAAUUAACAGGAUUUAAAUUUUUUCUUUAUAUAUGCCAAAGUAGAGCUACACUGCAAGUUUCAGCACUAUCAUUUAGAAAGCCGAAUGUUUUAUGUUUUAUGUCUUAUUCUCAUGAGAGAAUUCAGUACAGUGAAUAAUGUGAACACUUAAACACUAAUUUUAAAAUUUUGCAGUGCACUGUAAAUGAAGCAAAAAUACAAUCAAAUCGUAUUUUUAUGAAAAAUUGAGCUGCUUUCUGUGCCAUGCUUCAUGGAGAUCUAAAGAAAUGUGUGUAUAGAAAGUGAUUGUGUUGUAGUAUUUUUGCCCAUGCCUUUGUGUAUGAGUGUAUUGAAAAUGUUUGAAUUUAGAUUUCUCUUUACAGCAAAAUGUGUUUUAAUAAGCUGAAAAACAAACGAUAAGUUAAUUGAUGCCAUUUUUUUUUAUAAUGGUGAAAACAUAUAAAGUAAAUCUUUAGUCUUCUCUUUUUUUUUUUAUCCAGAGACUUUUGAAAUAUCAAUAUCCGGGAGAAAGGUGUCCUAAGCAACUGAGUCAGAAAAUAUACUGUAUAUUAACUAGUACAUUUAUAAAAUAGAAGGGGAUUGAGAUGUUCUCUGUGGUUAAAUGGAAUCAACAAAGUAGCAUCUUACUCUUUUUAAAAGCAAUCUUUUUUAGUUAGUGUUAAGGAAUGCACAUUUGAAUGAGAGGAGAGAGAAUUGCUGUUCUCUUUCUGGGAAAAACAAAAUCCUUUGGUAUAACAGUUCUUUACUUAGUCUUUCUUUUUUUUAAGCCAAAGUACUAGCAAAAUCUAUAGGAUGUUAUUACUGUUACACUGUAGAAUUAUCGAGAGUGCUGUGUAUUUGUAUGUACUAGUGAUGUUUUGUUCUUCAAGUGAUUAUCUUUAGAACAAGAAGUUUAUUUUUCUAAAAGGAGAGAAGGAUUUCCCAGCAGCUCCAGGCAUGAAAGUAUUUCCUCUGCUUUUCUACUGGUUUUAAUGUUUUGGAAGUCUUGGGGGGGGACUUAUGUGAUCUCUGCCUUUGGCUAGAUGUUAUAAUCUGAAUACAACAGUGGCAUUCAGUGAGAUGGAAGAAAACCAAGGGAAAUGGGUUAAAGUGGAGUUUUGAAUCCAAGAAAGGACAUGGAUAUUUAUAAAACAGGGCGAUAGGCUUUAGUUUUUUUGUCAUGAUAUUAGAAAACCUGCCCCCUUUUAAAAUGAAGGACAGCAUUCUUAUGAUUUUAGGCUUUAGAUACCCGUUUCAUUUUAACCUCAAAUGUGUGUUCUACUUAAACUUUUUAAUUUUAAGUUUAGAAUAAGUAUUACAUAAACAUUGAAAUUUCAGAUUCUGAAUUCUUCCCAAAAGCUUGCCUGCUCUUUAUAUUUACUAUUAGAAAACUCAAUUCCAAGCAGUUUCAAUAUUUAGAACUCAUUGAAAUUACAAGUUAUGUUAACAGUGGAUGACUCUGUUAAAUUGCCAUUUGAAUUGGAAAACCUUUUCUCUUGGAUUCUGAAAAAUGGUUCUGUACAUUUCUCCUUUAAAAACAUGGCACAAAUCUAAAAAAACCAAAAUUCCCUUUUCAUACACAUUGGAGAAUAUAACCUGUUCAGAUUUGCAGUUUGCUUGUGAGUUUUUAAUUUAGCAAAGAUGAGAAUCUUAAAGAUUAUUUUUUAUAGAAAACUGAUAUUAAAUCAGUGGAUUUUUACUUUUGGGGGUGCCGAGCCCUUUUAAUUUUUUCCUGCAAUGGAGUUCCAUCUUGUGAGAAAAGAGAAGACUCUUUCGGAAAGAUCUUAUGGAAAUUUUAUGGAAAAGAGAAAAUAACUGUUUGAUUUUUCUGGAAGUGGCUAAUCAAGCCGAUCUUUUAAUGACUCAAAAGACAACUCUCUUAGUAAGAGCUUUUGUUAACAGAUUUUUACGUUUUUUUUGUCCUUGUACCAAAUUUAGGUGUUAUUAGAAAUUUUUUUUUCACAUUAAAAUCUCUGUCAACGUCUCAGCCUAAAACUAAAGUAGAAACUAAAUACGUGUAGCAAUUUUAAAGAAAAAAAAUUCCCCCACUCCCCCAGCUGAUACUUGUUUAAUAUCAGAUGUCUUUCCAGUUCAUCUUGUCUUCAUUGGACUGUAUAAAGCCUGCGUUUUCUUCCAGUUGUCAGUUCUUUUCUCACAUUCAUUGUCUUUACUGUUUUUUAAUUUUUAUUUUCUUAUGUGUGUGCAUGUUGGGGGUGAGCGGAUGAGCCUGGAUGUAAUCAUCCAGUCUUCAAUGUCUAGGAGGGUUUUCUAUGUGAUACAUUUGGACAGUUUGUAUUUAAAUAACCUUUUCAUCCUGGCAUAUUUAGUGCAACAUUUGAUGACGUUUGGUUUAAAUACCAAUGUGGCUAGUUCAGAAUGAAAAAAAAGUAUAUUUUUAGAUUCAAUUACCUUGGGCUUUGGCAAGACAGUGCAUUUAACUAUAUAUGGCAUAUGAGUGAUAUCAGAGGAAGCAUAAGCUUUUGGUGAUUGUGUUGAAAUUAUUUCAUAGUAAAUGUUCAAAUGAGACAAUACUAAUUGUUAUAUUUGUAAAUUAGUUGUAUGUUUUUAUACAGUGAUUUUAGAGAAGAUGUGGGUUUUUUUUUCCCUCUUAGAACAGAAAAGCAGUUACAAAAGGACAAGUGGUCUACUUUAAUGGAAGAACUGUCUUACACCAGAAAGGAUAUUUAAAUUGCUCAUAUAUCUGCUGACUCCCAAAUUCCAUUUUGGAAAGGGUUUUCUUUAAGCGUUAUUGCUUGAUGAAUUUCUUUUUGAGCCUUUUUAAAGGGCUUUUCCUUUUUACUUGAAUAAUGGUCUCAGUAUUUUAAGGAUUGGGAAAACUUGAAUUUUUGUACUAUAAAUGCAUUGUCCACUCUUUGAACUUGAAAUUGAAGCAACAGGGUUACAAGUUCCCAGACAGUAGAGUGGUUUCUGGGAGUGUUUCCUCAGCCUUUCAGGUUUGAUUGAAAAAUCUGCACAGUGGCUUUAUAGGAAAUGUUUUAAUUUUGCUAUGUGUUUUUGUAUCGUAGAAGACUUGUGAAAUAAAUUAUUGGCAAGCCAGAAUUUAUUGUUAUAUGAGCAUAUUAUGGGAAGAUUAAGGAUGGGAGAAUUGUGGCAUUUAUGAUUUUUUUAAAGUCUUCACAAAUCGUUUUCUAUGUUGUUUUUGUAUAAUUUUUCCUUUUCAGGUUGAAGGAAACCUAAUUAUUUUAUAUUAAAUGUACAUAUUAUUAACAUAUUUUGCAGAUCCUGGCAUUAUUCUAGACAUUUCUUAGAGCCGCAAAUGAGUCAUUAGGCUUUUCUUCAAGAUUUAGGUGAUGAGGGCACCAAGAUAAGAUUAAAAUGAACUUUGAAUUGAGAAUAAAAAAAUCUAGGUUUCUGUUUCAAAUUAACUAGUUUUGUAAGGGCAAGUCACUUCUCUAAGUACUUAAUUUUUUCUGUAAAAGAAGAUAAUCCCCUCAUCCCUCAUAGGGUUACUUUGACAAUUGAAUUAAAUAUGGAUGUAAAAGUACUUUGUAAUAUGUGAAGUGCUUUGCAAUGAAAACGAGUGCUAUUAUUUAUAUUUACGAUGGUUUCACAUCUAAGAAAGUCCCACAUAAUGAUAUGGUGUCCUCCCACAUUAAGGUCCUAGAAGCUCAGUGCAGGGUUAGCAAUUCUAUGCUAUUUAGCAAUCCCACGUUUGGGAAGAGAGGCAUGAUAAACCCUCAGCUUUCUAAAAUGACAGUAGCAUUAAAUUCAACAUAAAACUGUUUUCACUUACUUCCUUUACUUGUCUUAAAGUCCCUAAAGGCAGGAACAGUGUAGUGUCUCUUCAUAUCUUUAUCCCCAAAAUCUAACGUGGGACCUGGCUCAGAGCAGGAGUUCUGGUCAACUUUACGUAAUUAAUGAAUGAGUCUUUCUUACUAUUACUUCUAGUCACCAUUAUUACUUCUAGUCAUUAUAGAGCAGUGAUGUUCAAAAGGUGGGCCAGAGCCUAUAAGCAGUCUUCUCUUUGCUCAAGGCUAUUCUUGACUCUAAGUGAUAAAAGAUAUCUUUGUGUGGGAAUGUGCGUUCUCUGUAUGCCAGGUAACUUUACUCCUGGAAACCCUGUAGCCUGGGCCAAGGGAACUUCAGGCAGUGCUGUCAAACUGCCAGUUUCUCCCGGCCUGCAUAAGGAAUUUGUAUUUGGAUCACAUCACCUUCUUGGCUCUGAAUCCAGAUAAGGUAGGUCAUAAAAAUCAGUCACAAGGAAAGAGGAGGUAUAGCCUAGCUUGGUGACAAUUCUGUGGCUUUGCUUUGUGUUUCAGUCUUUACCAGUUUUCUAGUAUUGUCUUCCUUUCUUUUCUUAAUAUGCUAUCAGUCAUGUAUUCAAAGGGAUAUGCUUUAGAUGAUACUUCUUGUAAGGUAUGGAAAAUUCUAUUAUGCAGUAACAGUGGCUUUAGGGGAAGUUUAAGAAGCAGUCAGGAAGCCUUUAUACAUCAAGCUCUGCUAUGUGCCAGUCUUUGCAGCUGACAGGGUUAUAAAGAAGGAUCACAUGACUCCUUUCUUGUAGAAAAGUCUGCAUAUUAAAUAAUCAGUUUUCUUGUCCCUCUGCUCUCUCAAAAUGCUCUCAAUCAGACUUAAAUCUUCUAAGCAGGAGAUAAGAGGAGUCCAGUCUGGAGACUGAUAUUUGAGGGCUCCCACACCAGUCACAUUACCUGCCCAUGUCACUUGAAGUUGAUGCCUGUCAGUCAACAAAUCCCACCUAUGCAUACAGAGCUUCCAAUUAGCUUAUUUAUUCCUCUUUUGCAGUUAGCCAAAGAUCACUGGUCUUUUUGAAAAAGGCAUCUCACAUAAUACACAGGCCCAAAACAAACCGGAAAAAAAAAAAUCAGAGGAAAUAGAAACCAUGCAAGUCACAAAAGUUUUAAAAGUAAAUCCAGCAUAUUUUCCAAAAUAUAUUUUCAGAGAAGCUUUUGCUUCCAUUAAAAGAGAAUAAGAUCCCAUAAAAAAAAUGAACAGAAAGAGUAUAAGAAAGAGUUCUUGAGAUUUAAAGUAUAAUCAGAUAUUUUUUAAAUCAGAAAAGUUGGAAGAUAAAAUUGAAGUAGGCCAGAUAGUGAAACAAAAGACAAUAAAGUAGAUGAAAACAAGACAGAAACUCAAUAAAGGAGGCCCAGUAUCUGGCUAACAUGAUUUUCAGAAACAGAAUAGAGGGAAAAAAUGAGGAAAUUCUCAGAGAAAUAUCAGAAGAAAAAUUUCCAGAACUGAAAGAUAAGAGUUUCCAUAAUGAAAGGGACCAGGUUGGUGUAAUAAAAAGACUUUAUGGUGGCAAAUCAUAAAAUUUCAGAACACUGGGGAUAAAGGAAAGUCUUAAAAGCUUCUUGGUCUGGAGUAGGGAUGGGAGAGUGGGAACAUACUAAGUACAGAGAUCUGAAUAGCACUGGACUUUCUGCCACUUUGAAGCAAGGAGAUAACAGGGAAUAACUUCAAAUUUUUGAGAAGUGAUCUUUAACCUAGAAUUUUAUGCCCAAACUUUCAUUCAAGUGUGGGAGUAAAAUAAACCCAUUUUGACAUAUGCAGGGCUUCAAAAAUAUUUACCUGCCUUACAUCCUUUCUCAGUGAGUUACUGAAAGAUAUGCUUCCCCAGGAUGGUGGUUGAAAUAAAAAAAAGAAAAAAAGGAAGAUAGAGAACCCAGGGACUCCCAACACAAGACAGAGGGGAAAAGAAUUCCAUGGUGAUGGAGAAGAAAAGCCAUGGGAUGUCAGCUGUGCAGCAGACCUAGAAUGCAACUUGUCCAAAUUGGAGUGGAAGGAAGGAGGGCACUAGGAAGUAUGUCUUUAGGAAAAAAUAACUGAGAGGAAAUUAUAAUUCUUUUAAUUUAAUCUAAUUUUUUUUUAUUUAUUGAGAGAGAGAGA